UGUGUUUAAUUGCAAUAUUUCUGUAAAGGCUACAGACAGAGACAUUUGUUCCAUCCUAUAAAAUAGCUAUAGGCUCUUUUGAUGGCAGGUUUCCUUUGUGACAUAUUGCCCCAUUUUAGCGUUUUUAAUAGACUUCAAGGUUUGCGUCUUCACCUGAAUGAACUUUCACCCCACCCUGCGAAAUACUGGCGGGAGCAAAACGUGUGACAACUAGCCCCGGCCUCCCGCUUCACGUUAACCGUUGUUGCCACAAGUUGGCGCACUGGCCCUGGAGCCUUUUUGAGCCUUUUUUUGAUGAGUUUUUUCUUCAUUUAAAGUUGCUUGUUAACAUUUGGGAUCUAAAUGUAUUCUUAGUGACAGACUAACGAUGAAUUGCAUUCAAUUCCAAAAUAGAUGCAAUGGCCGAGUAUGUUUCGUUAACUUUAUUAAAGCAAUCGAAUACGGCAGAAAAGCCAUAUUUUUUCCCCCCUGUUACUUAAUUAGAUGAACUCUGAACUCCCCAAAGGCGCGUAUGUCCACAUGAACCCCUGAUGAAUUCUGUCAUGACAUUAGAGAGUUAAACAAAGACGAGAGGAGAGAGAGAGAGAGAGAGAGAGAGAGAGAGAGAGAGAGAGAGAGAGAGACUGUUGCACACUUGCGCACUGCGCGUAAAGGACACACACGUACCCAAACCUUCGCCGCGGCUCGUUUCGCUCCUAGCAAGGGAAGAAAGUUUUGUUUCGUCAAUGAAGUGGACUUUCAUACGCGUACUUCCCUCCGUUUCAACACCUACGGCUCGGUGUCCGGUAGAAUAUGUGUAAGAAGCGGCGGGCGUUCCUCUGGAAGUCUGUUUUCUGCAGAUAAACAGCUUUAGUGAUCUGUAAGAUGGAGCUGAGUGACACGGGGAAUUAUAAAAGAGGAGCGUAUUUAUGUAAAGACCCCCCCACCGGACCGCGCGUGCCAUCUCGUGUGCCAUGAACAGAAGAUCAACUGCGCUUUGGAGUUCAAACUGGACUUUAUCUGAAGCACUUGUGCACCUACGGGGAAGAGCGCGAACGCACUCGAUUUAGUCUGUUUACUUGCGUUCAAGGUGGAGCGCGCGCCCGCUUUCCGUCCAGCAGUCGAUUUUAAGAGCGCGGAUCUACUAUUAUGACAGGUUUCGGCUCACGGAGCUUCUUCUGUCCAGAUGGAUCUAGCGCGGGUCCCUCCGUAAAGCGGCUCUCGAGGUGGCUCUGAUGCACGAAGGAUCCUCCAAACUCUCGCAAUGGCUCGAUCAAACACGGAAUAUGGUCACAUCUCCCGGCCCGAGCCCAUCUGAUCUCGUUCGUCACUGAUCUGUGAGGUUUCGCGCGAUCAUGGUCUCCUCCGGCUGCGCUCUGAUGGUUCUGAUGGUCACUCAGGUGUUCUUUGGAGGCUCCAGAGGACUCGUUCCCCAGAUCGGCCGCUCCUCUCUGUCUCAGGACGUCCUGCACGCGUUUGAACUUCGACUCCUGAGCAUGUUUGGACUCAAACACAGACCGAGUCCCAGCAGGUCUGCGGUGGUUCCGCAAUACAUGAUGGACUUGUACUCGAUGCACUCGGUGAACGCGGAGCAGAACGGCAACAGACCCAAGGGCUCUUUGGGGAAAGGCUCGGAAAGAUCUGCCAGCCGCGCGAAUACGAUCAGGAGCUUCCACCAUGAUGAAUCCACGGAGGACCUGUCCAGUUCGAGCGGAAAGACGACUCAGCGUUUCCUCUUCAACCUGACCUCCAUCCCGGGCGAGGAGCUGGUGACGUCCGCGGAGCUGCGGGUUUUCCGAGAGCAGGUGGUGAGCAACGGCAGCGAGGGAUUUCACCGCAUUAACAUUCACGAGAUCCUCAAGCCUUCCGCUUCCUUCCAAGAGCCCAUCACCAGACUCCUGGACACCAGGCUGGUCCAGCACAGCUUGAGCAAGUGGGAGAGUUUCGACGUGAGCCCCGCCGUCACGAGGUGGACCGCGGAUGGGCGUCCCAACCACGGCUUCGUGGUGGAAGUAGUUCACCCGGACCGCGCCGAACAGGACUCCGAAAGACACGUCCGCGUCAGCAGGUCCCUGCACGGCAGAGACGACACGUGGCCACAAAUGAGGCCGCUGCUGGUGACCUACAGCCACGACGGGAAGGGAAACGUGCUGCACUCUCGCGAGAAGAGGCAAGUGCGGACAAACAAGCAGCGGAAGAAGCAAAAAGCCAACUGCAGGAGACAUUCCCUGUACGUGGACUUCAGCGACGUGGGGUGGAACGACUGGAUAGUCGCCCCGCCGGGCUACCAUGCCUUUUACUGCCAGGGCGAGUGUCCGUUUCCGCUGGCGGACCACCUGAACUCCACCAACCACGCUAUUGUACAGACACUGGUGAACUCGGUGAACAGCAACAUUCCCCGGGCCUGCUGCGUUCCCACGGACCUGAGCCCGGUUUCGCUGCUCUAUCUGGACGAAUACGAGCGGGUGAUCUUAAAAAACUACCAGGACAUGGUGGUGGAGGGCUGCGGAUGCCGCUGAACCCCCCCGGGACGUCUACAGACACUUUAUUUUUCCCAAUACUAAACUUUAUUUAUAAUAAAGUAAAACACAUAUUUUGGAGAAGUAUAUAAAGAUAUAUUUAUGUUCACUAUUGGGAAAAUAAAUAUUUUAAUCAGAGUUAAACGAA